AUACAACACCACCCCUCAUUUGCUUCUCCCAUGCACCUUGUCUUCCUCCUCAUCAACAUCUCUUGUGUCCUUGUUCCUCCAUUCCUCUUUAGCUCUCACUCUCUCUCCCUCCUCCAUUAAUCCCCUCUCCUUGUCUCUUCAACACAUUUCACCCUCUUUUCUCCUCAUCACAAAGACACCACUCUUGUCCCUUUGACUCACUUCUUAUCACAAGCUCUUGUCCUCCCUCCCUCCCCUAUUUAUACUCGCCCUUACUUACACCUCCUCCACAACUCAACCUCAAGCAAAAAUGUCGAGCCGUAGGUCAAGAUCAAGGCAAUCAAGCUCUUCAAGAAUCACAGACGACCAAAUCGCCGAUCUAGUCUCCAAGUUGCAAUCCCUACUCCCCGAGACUCAAGCUCGAAGAACCGAUAGGGCAUCAGCUUCUAGGGUUUUGCAGGAAACUUGCAGCUACAUUAGGAGCCUUCAUCGGGAAGUCGAUGACUUGAGCGAGAGGUUGUCAGAGUUGCUUGAGACGUCGGACACUGCUCAAGCUGCCAUUAUCAGGAGCCUGCUCAUGUGAUAUUUGCACGGAUCUGCCAUUGUAUUUCUCUUGUUCUUGGUAUCUUUUUCUAUUUUGUUAUAAUGGUCUAUUUGUAGGUAGGUUCGUUGAGGUCUAAUGUUGAGGGGUAGGGUUCAUUAGAACCUGUUUUGGUCAUUGAUAUAUGUACUAGUGAAAGUUAAUUAGCUAAAUCAUUUUAAUUAAUAUGGUUUUAUCUUUUGAUAUAUGUCGACCCCAUAGAACUUGUUUUG